CAGAGAGAGAGAGGUGAGAUGGAACAGAGAGGAGUUCAGCUGGACCGGGAAACCUUCUCUUGUCCCAUCUGUCUGGAUCCACUGAAGGAUCCGGUGACUACUCCCUGUGGACACAGCUACUGCAUGAACUGUAUUAAAAGCCACUGGGAUGGAGAGGAUAGUAAGUACAGGUACAGCUGUCCUCAGUGCAGGAAGAGGUUCACACCGAGGCCUGUCCUGCUGAAAAACACCAUGUUAGCAGAUUUAGUGGAGGAGCUGAAGAAGACUGGACUCCAAGCUGCUCCUGCUGAUCACUGCUAUGCUGGAGCUGAAGAUGUGGCCUGUGAUGUCUGCACCGGGGGGAAACUCAAAGCCAUCAAGUCCUGUCCGAAAUGUCUGGCUUCUUACUGUGAUCAACACCUUCAGCCUCAUUAUGAAUCAGAGACAUUCAAGAAACACAAGCUGGUGGAGCCGUCCAAGAAGCUCCAGGAGAACUUCUGCUUUUGUCAUGAUGAGGUGAUGAAGAUUUUCUGCCGUACUGAUCAGCAGCGUAUCUGUUAUCUCUGCUCUGUGGAGGAACAUAAAGGCCACGACACAGUCUCAGCUGCAGCAGAGAGAGCUGAGAGGCAGAGAGAGCUCGAGGGGAGUCGACUCAACAUCCAGCAGAGAAUCCAGGACAGAGAGAAAGAUGUGAAGCUGCUUCAACAGCAGGCGGAGGCCAUCAAUCUCUCUGCUGAUGAAGCAGUGGAGGACAGCGAGAAGAUCUACACUGGGCUGAACCGUCUCCUGGAGAAAAGACGCUCUGAUGUGAAGCAGCAGCCCAAGACCAGAGCUGGAUUACUAAAAUAUUCUCGUGAAAUCACACUGGAUCCAAACACAACACACACAUAUCUGGUAUUAUCUGAGGGGAACAGGAAAGCAACGUUAAUGGGACAACAUCAGUCUUAUUCUAGACACCCAGACAGAUUCACUGGCUGGCCUCAGGUCCUGAGUAGAGAGAGUCUGACUGGACGUUGUUACUGGGAGGUGGAGAGGAGAGGGAGAGGAGUUGAUGUAGCAAUCGCAUACAAGAACAUCAGCAGAACGGGGGCGUUGGGUGAAUGUGGAUUUGGACGAAAUGACAAAUCUUGGGUAUUAGAAUGUAUUGACAACAGUUAUACAUUUUGGUCCAACAAUGUCCAAACUCCCGUCUCAGGUCCUGUGUCCUCCAGAGUAGGAGUGUACCUGGAUCACAGUGCAGGUAUUCUGUCCUUCUACAGCGUCUCUGAAACCAUGACUCUCCUCCACAGAGUCCAGACCACGUUCACUCAGCCCCUCUGUGUUGGACUAAGGUUUGAUUGGUAUGGAGCCUCUGCUAAGUUGUGUUAA